AUGGCUGACGAGUACGCAGACUUGAAGCAGAUGUUGCAGCAGCAGCUGAAGCUAAUGGAAGCACUCACCGUUAAGCUGUCCAACUCGUCCAUGGGUCAACCAAGCACGGCAGGUGGUUCGCAAUCUGUUGAUCACAUUGCCGGCAGCAUCACUGAAUUCUUGUAUGACCCGCAGGCCCAUAUCACCUUUGAUUCCUGGUAUAAACGAUACGAGGACUUGUUCUCUGUCGAUCUGGCUGCCCAGGACGAUGCAUGGAAGGUUCGACUCCUACUUCGCAAAAAGGGUCCGGCUGAAUACGAGCGUUAUGCAAACUUCAUCCUCCCCAAGUAUCCCCGAGAAGUCGCUUUCAAGGACACGGUUAUGACGUUGUCGCAGAUUUUUGGUGAUCAAUCAUCCCUUUUCAACACUCGAUUUCAGUGCCUGCAGCUGUGCAAACGCGAUUCCGAUGAUUUUAUCACGUAUGCGGGCAUUGUCAAUUGUGAGUGUGGGCGUUUUCAACUCGGUCCUCUUACUGAAGAACAGUUUAAAUGCCUUGUAUUUAUCUGCGGCCUCCAGUCCCCCAAGAUUGCCGAUAUCCGGACACGUCUCCUGUCCAAACUGCAGCAGAGCAACUCAAUCACACUCCAAGAGCUGGCAGCAGAGUGCCAAACGCUGAUCACUCUCAAGCACGACUCUGCAAUGAUUCAGAACCCUGUCUUAUCUUUCUCAGUCCACUCGGUCACAUCGACCAAAUCGCAUCCUGUUACACGACCCAAACAAGUGUCCAGGGCGAGAUCUCCGCCAUCUCCUUGUCGGCACUGUGUCGCGUGGCAUUUCCACCGGGAUUGCACUUUCCACCAGCAUCGCUGCCAAAGCUAUAAUCAGGUGGGACACCGUGAUGGGGUUUGCUAAUCAGUACUAGCUUCUGGAGGCAAGCCUGCCCCCGCCACUCCUAAUUCCAGGCACCGUUUCCGGCCAAAACGCAAGCCCAAACCCCAGUCCGUUGGUAAUUCUCUCAGUCCCUUGCUAUCCACUACCGGUUCCGGCUGAUCGUUUCACCCUGCUGAAUGGUGGCACUUGGUUUGCCAAGUUGGAUCUCGCUGAUGCGUAUCUGCAGACCGUGGUCACCCAGAGUCGUGCGAAUUGUUGACCAUCAAUACCCACCGUGGUCUGUUCCAAUACAUCAGGCUGCCCUUCGGUGUCAAGACCGCCCCGGCCCUAUUCCAACAAACGAUGAACGCAAUGCUCUCCGGCGUCCCUGGCACAUCUGGGUACCUGGACGACAUCAUCAUCGUGCAUCGCUCCCCUGCCGAGCUGUAAGACCGAGUGUGCGCAGUACUCGAACGCGUGCAGGAAUAUGGCUUUCGCCUACCAGCCGACAAGUGCCACUUCUUCCUCGACUCAAUCAAGUACGUUGGAUUUGUUUUUGACGUCAUUUGUCGCCAUCCAGAUCCUGAAAACAUUCGGGCCAUCCAACGGAUGACUGCACCCAAGAAUGCAUUGCAACUUCGUUCGUCCCUUGGCCUGAUCAUUUACUAUAGCGCCUUCCUACCAUCGCUGCAUGACGUACGGGCCCCGCUCAACCAUCUGCUGCAGAAGGAUGCUCCUUGGUGCUGGUCCCCCCAACUGUGAAAAGACCUUCGCACAGCUAAAGUCGAUGCUGAGUUCAGAUCUGCUGCUCACGCACUACGACCCGACGCUGCCGAUCGUUGUUGCUGCAGAUGCUUCCAACCACGGAGUUGGUGCCGUCAUCUCACAUACAGGACAACACAGAUUCCGGCGUCCCCUGGUGGCGUUUCUUCUGCCGAAGCUUUGAUGGGCCGAAAACUGCGUACAACGUUUCAUGCCCUCGUCCCUACCGGUGCGCAGCCCGCGCAGACUUCUCCAGUUUCUCGCAGCAAGCUCUCCAUCGGAACACCUGUCUUCGUUCGUGAUUAUCGAGCGGGGUUCCCAGACUGGAUUGAAGCAACCGUAGUAUCGCACAGAGGCAGUAUGUUGUUUGAUGUCGACGUUGGUGAUGACAUCUGGGUUCGCCACCACAACCAGAUCCGACGGCGACAUUGCAGUAACGCAACUGGGCUCGAUUCGGCGCCGUCACUCUCUCUCGACAUCCUACUGGAUACCUUCGCCAUUCCGGCAGAUCAGUCGGUUCCCGAAUCCACUUCUGCGCCCCCUUCGGAUAUACCAUCUUCGGUAUCAGUUACCGCUCCCGUAUCUCCAGGCAUUAAACCACGGCUAAGACGCCGGACCAACCGCGUGCGCCGCUCAACACGUCUGAUGCAGGUCAACCCACGCCAGAAGCGGUACUGA